GAAAGGGCGAAAAUAAGAAGAAAUAGCAAAGAGAGGGAUAAGAGAUGAAGAGAAAGAGAUACGAGAUGGAGAAGAAGAAGAAGACAGAGCUUCAAACCGCCAUAGAAGAGCUCUCUCUCUUGAUAAUAACUAAACCUGUAGAUAGCACUGAAACCACACAUAUACCCUUGAGGCCUCUUCUCUCCUUCUGCAACUUAAUCAUCCAAGUGCUAGAUAAGAUAGGACCGACAAUGGCUGUUCUUAGACAAGACAUCGAUCAGAAUAUACAGAGAUUAGAGAAAGUUUGUGAAACAGAUCCUUGUGUUUACUCCAAUUUGGUUGAGAUUCUGAAAAAAGAAAGGAACGAGGGAACAUACAAGAUGGCUGCUAGUUGCAGCAGAGCUCUUCUUUGGCUCACUAGGACAAUGGAUUUUACGGCGGGUUUAUUACGAUUGUUGUCCAAAGAGGUGUCGUCAAAAAUGGAAGAACUUGUAGAAGAAUGCUACUUGACGACUUUAAAACCGCAUCAUGGAUGGAUAGCGUCUGCUGCUUUCAAAGUGUGCAUGAAGCUAGUGCCUGACAAUAAAACGUUUAUGGACGCGAUCGGUGGAAGAGACGAGAGCAAUGAGACCCUUAGAGAAGACAUUGAUACAUUAAGCUCAUUGUUGACACCUAUUCUCAAAGAGAUUUCCAUUGUGCUGGAACAAUUUGGAUUGAACAGAUUAAGAUCGAUGUAAAAAUGAAUGCAGAAGUGAUCUAUUGUUUAACGUUUUCGUUAAUGUUAUAAUUUUUAUUUAAGAAACAUGUAUAUAUCUCUUGUAUGUAUCUAUCAGUUUUUGGACACUUUGUUUAUUUAAUAAUGUGAACUAAAAUAAUUUUGUCCUUUUAAUUAGAAUUAGCCUGACGCGCAUGUAUUUUC